AUAUAGCAUUAUUUCUGAUCAGAUCAUUUGCAUGAAAUUCCAUAGAAGUUGUAUUCUUGCUCCAGUCAAUAUCGGGAUAAAUAAAACCCUCAUUAUUAAGACUUGCACCAAACUAGCGGCCCUUUUUAUCUACAGUAUUUGUGAAAGGAUUGCAUUAAAGACACAGUUACAAUAUUACUAUGCUUGAUACUACAGGUACCACAAUGACCGUGCGAAGGUACUCAAUGUCAUCAUCUCUUAUGUCUACCCCUGGUUAUUCUAAAUCAAGAGUAAAUAUGAAAAGAAACUCCAGCACUGGAACACUGGAUCUGAAAAGCGCUGUGCAGAAUGAAGGCUCUGACAAUGGGAAAAUGAUGACCACAGAGAAAGACAACAGCAUUAAUAUACCAAUAGAAGACCUCACCGCUAGGUCAAGCUCCUUCCAGGAACAUAUGCGUAAGUGCAGGGGCAAAGUAAAGGCUGUUACAUUUCUGUUACCAACGGAUAUGAAGAAAUACCAGGAAAACCAAAAGACUUUGAAGGGUUCUGAAAAUCAGAGCAAAAAUCAUUUGAGCACUAUAAUGGAAAAGGAUCCAUGAGCUGGUGAAUUUUUUAAGACCAUCUGACUCAUUCCCAUGAGCCGGCACUAAGAGGAUAGCUUGGAAUAAGGUUACAUUUUUUACACAAUGCUCUGGCAAGGAGCCUUCUCAUAUGGACAAAGCAAUUGCUCUGGGUCUUUGAACCAUUGUUAUUCGAAACCCAAAGCCAUUAAAAAAAUAAAGAACUACGUGAUUGUCCAUAUAGUUUUUCGUUUACUUAAAUAUCUAAUUUGCCGUUAUUUCUCAUGACUGUUAAAUACAGUGGAUCUUACUUCAUCCUUAUUUUAUAACUUUGAAGCUCCAAUAUAUGUAUAUAAUGGAGUUAUACAAAACAACAAUGCAGUAUUUGUAUGUAACUGUGCAAUGUCUGAUACAAACCUGCCAAAUCUUGUUUGAGCUCAAAUAUGUUAAAAAUAAACACAGUACUGUUUGAGAACAAGUAGAGGCUCAGCAGUAAUAACCAGAAAUCAAUGUAGAGGUAGGCACUCACAGUAAAAGGGCAGUAAAUGAAUGACGAUAUGGGAUCUGGGUUCAACAAAUAACAGUCUGUGUGGUAAAGCUGGAUCGGUGAGGACCACCUUUGGAUGUCCUCUCCUGGUGGGUCUGCACAGGUCCCCC